GUGAUUCGAGGCGCCUUCUCGGCCCUCUGAGCGCGUCCCCGCUAGGUUUUGGCGCGGACGGGCUAGUGUCCCACCAGAAGAGUUCGGCCUGUGUGCGCGUGCGUAGCGCCCAAGGGGCCGGCCGGCACCUCCCGCGGGGCGGGGCCUUCGGUUCCCCUUCGUCACCGCCUUCCUGCCCCGCCCCUCGCCGUGACCGGCCCGCCCCUCCUUCCUGGAGCCACAGCUGAGGCGGCGGCGGCGGCGGCGGCAGCAGCGGGGCUGGGGGCGGCGAGUGGCCCGCGCGACACGCGCCGGCCUCGACCCUAUGCUUUGAUUCGCGUGGCGCAGGCGCCUACUGCCCCGCCGGCGGGGCCCGGGCUUCUUGCCGCGGGAUGUUCUCCCGAAGGAGCCACGGGGAUGUGAAGAAGUCCACCCAGAAGGUGUUGGACCCGAAGAAGGACGUGCUGACCCGCCUGAAGCACCUGCGGGCGCUGCUGGAUAAUGUGGAUGCAAAUGAUCUUAAGCAGUUUUUUGAGACCAACUAUUCUCAGAUAUAUUUCAUCUUCUAUGAAAAUUUUAUAACACUGGAAAAUAGUUUGAAAUUAAAAGGGAAUAAUAAGUCACAAAGGGAGGAGCUGGACUCCAUCCUCUUCCUUUUUGAAAAAAUACUGCAGUUUCUACCUGAACGAAUUUUCUUUCGAUGGCAUUACCAGAGUAUAGGCUCAACUUUAAAGAAGCUUCUACACACUGGAAAUUCUAUUAAGAUAAGAUGUGAAGGAAUCAGGCUGUUUCUUCUGUGGCUUCAAGCACUUCAGACAAACUGUGCAGAAGAGCAGGUGCUGAUUUUUGCUUGCCUGGUGCCUGGUUUCCCAGCAGUCAUGUCAUCCAGGGGCCCUUGCACACUGGAGACACUCAUCAAUCCCAGCCCUAGUGUAGCUGAUGUAAAGAUAUAUCCAGAAGAAAUCACUCCACUCCUGCCAGCCAUAUCAGGGGAGAAGAUUGCUGAGGACCAAACCUGCUUUUUUCUUCAAAUACUGUUGAAGUAUAUGGUUAUUCAGGCUGCGAGCUUGGAGUGGAAGAAUAAGGAGAAUCAAGAUACUGGUUUUAAAUUUCUUUUUACAUUGUUUCGAAAGUAUUAUCUUCCUCAUUUAUUUCCAUCAUUUACUAAGUUAACAAACAUCUACAAACCUGUACUUGACAUCCCCCAUUUGAGACCAAAGCCUGUGUACAUUACUACAACUCGAGACAAUGAGAACAUUUACAGUACAAAAAUUCCAUAUAUGGCAGCUCGUGUUGUUUUUAUUAAGUGGAUUGUAACCUUCUUUUUGGAAAAAAAGUAUCUAACUGCAACACAAAACACUAAAAAUGGAGUUGAUGUAUUGCCUAAAAUCAUCCAGACUGUUGGUGGUGGUGCUGUGCAGGAGAGAGCGCCUGAGCUGGAUGGUGGUGGGCCCACGGAGCAGGACAAAAGCCAUUCUAACAGCAGCACCUUGUCGGACCGAAGACUCAGCAACUCCAGCCUCUGUAGCAUUGAAGAAGAGCACCGAAUGGUGUAUGAAAUGGUACAGCGGAUUCUCUUGUCAACACGAGGUUAUGUCAACUUCGUGAAUGAAGUAUUUCACCAGGCAUUUUUGUUGCCUUCCUGUGAGAUAGCUGUAACAAGAAAAGUAGUUCAAGUGUACAGAAAGUGGAUUCUCCAGGACAAACCUGUGUUCAUGGAGGAGCCAGAUAGAAAAGAUGUUGCCCAAGAAGAUGCUGAAAAAUUAGGAUUUUCCGAGACUGAUAGCAAGGAGGCCUCAUCUGAAAGUUCUGGUCAUAAACGAUCUUCCAGUUGGGGACGCACAUACUCCUUCACAAGUGCAAUGAGCAGAGGGUGUGUGACAGAGGAGGAAAAUACAAAUGUGAAAGCCGGCGUCCAGGCUUUGUUGCAGGUAUUUUUGACGAACUCUGCAAACGUCUUUUUGUUGGAACCAUGUGCUGAAGUUCCUGUGCUCUUGAAAGAACAAGUUGAUGCUUGUAAAGCUGUUUUGAUUAUUUUUAGGCGCAUGAUAAUGGAGCUUACAAUGAAUAAAAAGACAUGGGAACAGAUGUUGCAAAUACUACUCAGGAUAACAGAAGCUGUCAUGCAGAAGCCAAAGGAUAAACAAAUAAAGGACUUGUUUGCCCAGAGCUUGGCAGGGUUACUAUUUAGGACGCUCAUGGUGGCUUGGAUCCGAGCAAACCUCUGUGUGUACAUUUCUCGAGAGCUCUGGGAUGACUUUCUUGGUGUGCUGUCCUCCCUCACGGAAUGGGAGGAACUUAUAAACGAGUGGGCCAACAUUAUGGACUCCUUGACAGCAGUGCUUGCAAGAACCGUUUAUGGAGUUGAGAUGACAAACCUACCUCUGGAUAAAUUAAGUGAACAAAAGGAAAAGAAGCAACGAGGCAAAGGCUGUGUUCUAGAUCCUCAGAAAGGAACCACCGUGGGGAGAUCCUUUUCUCUCAGCUGGCGGAGCCACCCAGAUGUGACCGAACCGAUGCGAUUUAGGAGUGCCACCACGUCUGGAGCACCGGGAGUGGAAAAGGCAAGAAAUAUUGUUCGCCAAAAAGCAACUGAAGUGGAGGAGUGUCAACAGUCAGAAAAUGCACCUGCAGCCGGAUCUGGCCAUCUCACAGUGGGACAGCAGCAGCAGGUCCUUCGGAGCAGCAGCACCUCCGACAUCCCCGAGCCACAGUGCUCAGAUUCUUCUCAGGGUCAAAAGGCAGAAAACACACAGAAUUCGAGUUCUUCAGAGCCUCAGCCUAUUCAAGAGAAUAAAGGACAUGUGAAGAGAGAACAUGAAGGAAUAACAAUCUUAGUUCGAAGAAGCAGCAGCCCUGCUGAAUUGGAUUUGAAAGAUGAUUUGCAGCAGACACAAGGAAAAUGUAGGGAAAGACAGAAGAGUGAAAGUACCAACAGUGACACAACUCUGGGCUGUACCAAUGAGGCAGAGCUGUCCAUGGGCCCAUGGCAGACCUGUGAGGAAGACCCAGAACUGAAUACUCCCACAGAUGUUGUGGCUGAUGCUGAUGCCCGUCAUUGGUUACAACUGAGUCCCACCGAUGCUUCAAAUUUAACAGAUAGCAGCGAGUGCCUCACAGAUGACUGUAGUAUAAUCGCCGGGGGGAGCCUCACUGGUUGGCACCCAGACUCUGCUGCUGUGUUAUGGCGAAGGGUCUUGGGGAUCCUCGGAGAUGUGAAUAACAUCCAGUCACCCAAGAUCCAUGCCAGAGUUUUCUGCUAUCUCUAUGAACUCUGGUACAAACUAGCAAAGAUACGGGAUAAUCUAGCAAUAAGCCUGGAUAACCAGUCUUCUCCAUCUCCUCCAGUUUUGAUCCCACCACUCAGAAUGUUUGCAUCAUGGCUAUUUAAGGCGGCGACACUGCCAAAUGAAUAUAAGGAAGGCAAACUACAAGCCUACAGGCUGAUCUGUGCCAUGAUGACCAGACGCCAGGACGUUCUGCCAAACUCAGAUUUCCUGGUGCAUUUUUACCUUGUGAUGCACCUGGGAUUAACCAGCGAGGAUCAGGAUAUCUUAAAUACGAUCAUAAGGCACUGUCCACCCCGCUUUUUCUCCCUGGGUUUUCCUGGCUUCUCAAUGCUGGUGGGGGACUUCAUCACGGCCGCUGCCAGGGUCCUUAGCACAGACAUGUUGACGGCGCCUCGUUCAGAGGCUGUCACUGUCCUCGGCUCUCUGGUCUGCUUUCCAAAUACCUACCAGGAGAUUCCUUUACUGCAGUCAGUGCCAGAAGUAAAUGAGGCCAUUACAGGAACUGAAGAUGUCAAGCAUUACCUCAUAAAUAUUUUACUGAAGAAUGCCACAGAAGAACCAAAUGAAUAUGCAAGAUGCAUUGCUGUUUGCUCCCUUGGGGUCUGGAUAUGUGAAGAGCUUGCACAGUGUACAAGCCACCCUCAGGUGAAAGAGGCCAUCAAUGUGAUAGGAGUAACUCUGAAGUUUCCCAACAAAAUCGUGGCCCAGGUAGCUUGCGAUGUCCUUCAGUUGCUGGUUUCCUACUGGGAGAAGCUUCAGAUGUUUGAAACCUCUCUGCCUCGGAAAAUGGCAGAAAUCCUCGUGGCCACAGUUGCUUUUCUUUUACCAAGUGCAGAGUACUCCUCAGUGGAAACAGACAAGAAGUUUAUUGUGUCCUUGCUACUCUGCCUCUUGGACUGGUGCAUGGCAUUGCCCGUGAGUGUCCUUCUCCACCCCGUGUCCACAGCGGUCCUAGAGGAGCAGCAUUCGGCCAGAGCCCCCUUGCUGGAUUAUAUCUACAGGGUUUUGCACUGCUGUGUGUGUGGCUCAAGCACAUACACCCAACAGAGUCACUACAUACUGACCCUGGCUGACUUGUCAUCCACGGAUUAUGACCCCUUCCUGCCACUGGCAAAUGUGAAGAGCUCUGAGCCAGUCCAGUAUCAUUCAUCAGCAGAAUUGGGUAACCUGCUGACUGUUGAAGAGGAGAAGAAGAGAAGAAGUUUGGAGUUGAUCCCUUUGACUGCUCGAAUGGUGAUGGCCCACCUGGUGAACCACCUGGGGCACUACCCCCUCAGUGGGGGCCCUGCCAUACUGCACAGCCUUGUCAGCGAGAACCAUGACAAUGCCCAUGUGGAAGGCUCCGAGCUGUCCUCUGAGGUGUUCAGAAGCCCAAACCUGCAGCUGUUUGUAUUUAAUGAUAGCACCCUCAUCUCCUACCUUCAGACACCCACAGAAGGACCGGUAGGGGGAUCACCAGUGGGCUGUCUCUCUGAUGUGAGAGUAAUUGUGAGGGAUAUCUCAGGGAAGUACUCUUGGGAUGGUAAGGUUUUAUAUGGACCUUUGGAAGGCUGCUUAGCACCCAAUGGAAGAAAUCCUUCAUUUCUGAUUUCGAGCUGGCAUCGUGACACAUUUGGACCUCAGAAAGACUCUUCUCAAGUUGAGGAGGGGGAUGAUGUUCUUGACAAAUUACUUGAAAACAUUGGCCAUACAAGUCCUGAAUGCCUUUUACCAUCACAACUAAAUCUAAAUGAACCUUCCCUACCCCCAUGUGGCAUGAACUAUGACCAAGAGAAGGAAAUCAUCGAGGUCAUUUUGCGCCAAAAUGCUCAAGAGGAUGAGUAUAUCCAGAGUCAUAACUUCGAUUCUGCAAUGAAAGUCACCAGCCAAGGGCAGCCCUCCCCAGUGGAGCCCCGAGGACCCUUUUAUUUCUGCAGGUUAUUGCUUGAUGACUUGGGAAUGAAUUCUUGGGACAGAAGGAAGAAUUUUCAUCUGUUGAAGAAAAAUUCAAAAUUAUUGAGAGAGCUGAAAAAUUUGGACUCCCGCCAGUGCCGUGAGACACACAAAAUCGCAGUGUUUUACAUUGCUGAAGGUCAAGAAGACAAGUGUUCAAUCCUCUCUAAUGAAAGAGGAAGCCAAGCAUAUGAAGACUUUGUUGCUGGACUUGGAUGGGAGGUGGAUCUCUCCACCCACUGUGGGUUCAUGGGUGGCCUUCAGCGCAAUGGCAGCACCGGGCAGACGGCUCCUUACUAUGCUACCUCAACUGUGGAAGUGAUUUUCCACGUUUCCACUCGAAUGCCGUCAGACUCAGAUGAUUCCCUCACCAAAAAGCUUCGUCACUUGGGGAAUGACGAGGUCCAUAUCGUCUGGUCUGAACACUCCAGAGACUACCGCAGGGGUAUUAUCCCAACUGCCUUUGGAGAUGUUUCAAUCAUUAUUUACCCAAUGAAGAAUCACAUGUUCUUCAUCGCGAUAACGAAGAAACCUGAGGUUCCAUUUUUUGGGCCUCUGUUUGAUGGAGCCAUAGUGAGUGGGAAGCUGCUGCCAAGCCUUGUAUGUGCCACGUGCAUCAACGCCAGCAGGGCUGUGAAGUGCCUCAUCCCACUCUACCAGAGCUUCUAUGAAGAGCGAGCUCUGUAUCUCGAAGCAAUAAUUCAGAACCACCGCGAAGUAAUGACAUUCGAGGAUUUCGCAGCCCAAGUCUUUUCUCCCUCUCCCAGCUACUCCCUCAGCGGAACGGAUUAAAACACGUAAAGGUCUCAUUUCAAUAUUUGAGCAAGGGGCCCUGGCCUCAAGUCUGAGUGCUGACCUCGAAGAGCCCCUGAGUGAGGAGGAGACAGAACACCCUCUCCUGCCUCUGCCCCGAGCCACUAAACCCAGAAUCUCCAGGAAAUUUCGUUGCUGUACUAGUGCCCUCAGCAGGUCUUCCCAUUAGUGGACUUCUGAAGCCCAUGGUGCAUCCCACUACCGUGUCUCAGAUGGGACUCAAACUAGGCUGUAUCAUCUUGUGCUGAAACCUCACAAACCUUGGACUUCCAAAGAAGAAAAGAAAAAGUCACCAAAAACCAGAGAUGAACCCACUGACACGUGGGCAUUGGUGUGGCUGCUCUGGGCAGAUGACAGCAGGAAAAGAUUCUGCGCUUUCAGGGAGGGGGCAGAGGGCAGCUUGCUUCUGCACCCCAAGUUGUUUCUUCUCAUUUAUGAACCCAAGCAUGAUUCACAAAGGGGCUGGCAAAACAAUUGUCUAAUUGAGGAAUUUGAUCUGCAUUGAUUUUGCUAGUUCCUUUUAUGUUAGGAUUUAUGGUUUACUCAAAAAUUUCAUCAUCAUGGAAAUUGGCUUUCCCCGGGGUCUUUUGCCCAGGAGAAGUUUUACCUCAGUUGUCCCGUGUUUUCCCACAUGGUACCUGACGCCCGCUAACUAAGCAGAGGCUCUCCUCACCACGCAGAGGCGCUUCAGGUCAUGACAGUGAUGCCCCUAUCUUAGAACACUCAGAAGAUUCCAGAAAUACAGGGUCCUGUCCUUGCAUAAGUUCCUGCAGGACAGGAAGUGUCCCAAGGCUCAAAACAACACAGACCACAUCCACACAAAAGGUGCAUGCCGGCUUCAGGCGCUAGGCUGAGACGGGUACCCCCCAAAUGGCCUUGUGCCUCCAAAAGCCUCACGCUGCAACUUUGCUGCUCCUGUCUGUUGCCCAGAGAGGCCUCAUACAGGCCUCAGAAAUGUUUCUUGUCACACAAAGCUUUCGGUAGCAGAUUCCAAGCAAGGGGUUUAAUCCUUACAUUUUUGCCCAUUUGGCUCCAAGGAAGGCUUAUUAGACCUGUUUUCUUUUUUUUUUUUUUUUUUCUUAAAAACAAAAUGAACAAAUGAAUGAAAAGAGAAGCAAUGGUGAGCCCUCUCCUGCUGGGGGGCCCUGGGUGGGCCUUGCCUGUCCUGCAGCAGAGAAAUCAGUCAGCAGCAAAGAGCUGCUGGCGCAGGCCCCAGGCUGUGUCCUGGACCCUUGACCUGCCUCAGAGCUAGAGGUUUGCUCCACCCCGCGCUUCACUUGGGAAGUAAAUCCAAGAAACUUACCAGAGUCCAUCGCCACUGCGCAGGCUUUGUUCUCACAGCGGCCAGGUACAGAGCAACGCCCUGCAGUGGGAAGGGACAGCAGCACGAGAGACGCAGCCCCUAACUCAGGGCUUAUGAUGGGUGGGCUGGUCCUGGGAAAGGCGGGCCCUGUGCGGGAGGCCUCCAACCUUCCUGUGCCCUCUGCCCUCUGCCCUUGCACACACUUGUUACCUUCAGGCUGCUUGGCCACCCAGGCCUGAAGAAGCCUUCUGAGGCUCUCACCCCAUCAGAGCGGCCAUUUUCACUGAGGAGCCAGUUUUUUCCAUUUGCCAUGGAGCUGGUUUGGCUGGAACCUGGCCUUUGUAGGGAAAACGGGGAGACUCAGGAGCCAGACUCACUCUUGGGACAAAUGAGAAAGAGCUGAGCCAGUCGUUCCUGUCGGAAGGGCGGGCCUGCUCAUUCUGGCGAGAAUUUGCUUUUCUGCUUUAUAGGGGAUUGCAGGCCAGGCCCAUUGACAGGAGCACCUUGAGAGCCACCUGAACACGAGAAUGAGGGUGCCCCAAAGUGGAAGGAAGCUUCUGGCCCCUGGGCCGUUUUGGGAAGGGCCCAGGAUACUCACGGGGGCUGAAGGGCAAUGUGAAGAGUGACUGCAAGUCCUGGCAUUUUCUGUGGUGUCAGCAAACGCCCCUUUAUUUUAAAUGAUUCCAGACAUCUGGGCAGCGUAGCUUGGCCACCAUCACUCAGGCUUGAUCCUGCUGUUGAGCUGCUCCUGUCUCCUGUUUACCUCACUCCUGUUGGGAAGGCCAUCACAUGCUCCUAGGCUCCAGAGUCCCCUGUAGGUCUCUACCAGCAGGUCACCUCUGGGAGAACGUUUCAUCUUCAGGCUCUAGAAACUCCUGUUGCGGAAUUGCUGGCUUUAGUAGAAAAGAUAUGUCAGGAUUUAGAAAUCGUAUUGAACUCUCCUGGACUUCUGCUCCAUGAUUUCAUUUUGCUUUCACGAACCAGCAAUCCCGACCUUGGGAUGGGAAAUUCAAUUGUAGGCAGCAAAUAACUCAACCCUCCUGUAACCCCUGAGGAUUAUAACGACCCCAUGACCCCCGAUGACAGCCAGCAGUUUGGUGACUAGAGUUUUUUGAGCCUGCCAUUCUCAGUAGCAGCUUUGGUCUGGAGAUGGAAUGUGGAGCAGGGAAUCUGACAGCCACGUUUCUCGUGAUCACAUGGACUGGAGUCGUUUUUGUUAUCUGGGGUGGAAAAUUGCAAUGAUCAAGUUUCUUUUUUUUUUUUUUUAACUUAGAAAAGCAAAUAUUGUGUUUUUGUAAUAAAUCCCUUUCAGCAAAAUUGCGGAGGAUCAUUCAUCCACUAGGGCCCCACCUGAGUCACAGCGCUGACUCAUCACGGUGGUACCAGUAGGUCAGCCAUCUGGAAACAGAAGUGGCCCUAAUUGGGCCAAAAUGUGGUAAGACUCGCUGGCCUCAGGCAGGGCCAGGCCAGUUCCCUCACUUCUCUGCACACCUAUUCCCAGAUUCCAUCCAGAGCAAAGCUGAUGUUUAUCGUCUCAUUGUACUUAGGCUUUCGUACUUUAAAAAAUUAUGACUUUUUAAAAAUAAGCCUUCAGCAGACAGAAGUGAAGAAAUUUAGCCUGGGUUGCCUCAGCAACAAAGUCUGCAGUUCGUAAGAGCUACAUGUUGGGGAAGUGGGGUGACCCAAACUUGGUGACAUAGGUUGAUUGAUCAGACCCUUAGCCUUACAAACAAGAGCUCAUGCAGAUCCACAGAGCCAUGCACAUCCUGUCUUCCUGACCUUCCUCAGGUGGCACCACCUGCGCCCCAUGGACCUGCUGUAUCGGUGUCAUGUGGAGGUCUGAUGAAUCCUUUAAAACCUAACUGUGAUGUCGUAAAUGUAACUGUGCUACCUUUAUAUCUACUGAAGGGCAGCGUCUGCAUCCGAGGGAAAUUCAACAUGAAACAACCAUCAUUUUAGUUGCGCUCAGUCUGUCCAUAUGACAUACACAUGAAGUGAAUGUUUCCUUAUGUUUUCAGGUCUACAAUGUUUAGUACAUGUAAAUAAGGAAAAAAUUUGAUAAAUAUGGUAAAUUAAGUUAUAGCGUGUCAUUUGAUUCUUAUUUUGCUGUCUCUUGUUAUUUAAUUUUCCUAAUGCUGCACAUCUAGGUUCCUUCCUAGGUGGUGGGAACACCUUGCAGACGUGUGUGCACCAGGACACACCGCGGCCCAGGCAGCCACGCCGAGAAAGCACCCAUCUCCACUGAUGGCAGCCACCCGACUCUCCAGUUAACCUCUUUUACGCUUUAAUUCUGAUUUACUGUGAUGAUUUAAUAAAGUGGAAACACAGCACUUCAGUGCUAUAUGUUUCUCUCAUUCUCAUUAUAGUUUAUAAGAAAAUAAAGUUCACCCUGGCAUCUAAUAAAAAA